AGAGCGUGAAGCUCCGCUUCGAAAAAGACACUGCGUUCUGCUUCUUUUCCGCUGUGCUGCUGCGGCAUCCAGCUGUUUUUAAACGCAAAAAGAACAUAGAACGCGUUCUGUGCGUGUGUGAACCGCCCAAAAAUUACAGGCUUAGGACCACGCCUGUCCUAGAAGGAGGAGUGGGUUAAGGCGUAAGUGUAGACAUUUUUCAGUCACACUUUACAGCUGCAAAGGAGCACAGGGCAAAAAAAGUUAGAAAAUGUCCGGCGUGGCAUCCACACUCGCCAAGAAGAGAGCCGAGGCGGCUGGCUUUGGGACGAACGCCAAUGCGGUGAAGUACCUGAACCAGAACUUUGAGAGUCUGAGAAGCGAAUGUCUGAGCCGCGGAGAGCUGUUCUGCGAUCCAAGCUUCCUAGCCGCUCCCGAGUCUCUGGGCUUCAACGAACUCGGUCCACGAUCGUCAAAAACCAAAGGUGUUGUGUGGAAAAGACCUGGGGAACUGACCUCCAGUCCUGAGUUUAUUGUUGGAGGGGCUACAAGAACAGAUAUUUGCCAAGGAGGUUUAGGUAAGUAAACGCCCCUGCUAGGUGCAGUUCUAACAGAUUUAAAAGUCCACAAGGUGUUCGUUAUGCGGAAUGGCAAAACGCAUGUGAGAUUGACCAAAUAUGUCUUGCAUUUUAUGAAGCUCUCUUGGAAUUGUUCGUAUUCUUUUUAACUUUAUUGGGAAAUCCCCUCUAAACAUUUUAAGGAGCACACCCAAUGAGUAUU